GACAGAUCUCAGUAAACAAGCUAGUGACGGAGAGAGAGGACGUGAGCGGGGACUCUCAGGAGCAGAGAUGGGUCUGGGGAGGAAGCUGGACGUCCCGGUCUGUGAUCUCUCUCUGCUCAGAGGGAUCUGGGAGGUCCGAGUGAAGAAACACAGACAGAGACAGAAGAAGGAGCAGGAGAGGAUCGAGAAGAGCGCGCUUCCAAAGAUUGACCAGCAGUGGCAGUAUCGCAUCUACUGUAAGACCCUGAAGACACAGGAACGAAACCUGCUACACCAGUACCUGGAGAGAUCCACAGCUACUGAAAUACAGCCCUGCACAGAAGCUGAGCAGCAGGAUCCAAAGGACCAGCAGCACCAGACGGAUCCAGAGCAGAACAAGCUGAUCUUGCGACUGGAUGGAGAUCGGUGGAUGAACUUCCCCAAAGAGCUGCAGUGGAUGACCUACCUGAAGGAGUGGCACGUCACAGGGACAAAGAUCUGUCGCCUGCCUGAUUAUCUGGCUCUGUUCACCCAGCUCACUGUGCUUGAGAUCCCCAAAAAUUCCAUUGCAGAGCUUCCACCAGAGAUCGGUAAACUUACAGAACUGAGGGAUUUAAACGUCAGCUACAACCUCCUGUCCAAAGUUCCUCCAGAGCUCGGAGACUGUGAGAACAUGGAGAGGCUUCAACUGGCGGGAAACCACAACCUGUCUGAGCUGCCGUUUGAGCUAAGCAACCUGAAACAGCUGAUUCACCUGGACAUCGCAGAGAACAAGUUUGUGUCGAUCCCCAUCAGCGUGCUGAGGAUGAGCGGUCUGCAGCUGCUCGACCUGAGUGACAACCGCCUGACUGACCUGCCGCAGGACAUGGACAGGUUGGAGCAGCUGGACUCCCUGUUCAUCCAUAAAAACAAGCUGUCGUACCUCCCUCAGUGCCUCACCAAAAUCUCCACGCUCAAGAUGAUCGUUGUCAGCGGUGACGAGCUCAACUGCAUCCCGACUAGGCUGUGCUCCAACCCUGAAAUCAAGUUUAUUCGACUUUACGACAACCCAACAAGUGAGGAGAGGAGGAAGAAGAAAGAAGAAGAGAAGAAGAAGAAAGAGAAGAUGAAAAAGAGGUGGAGAGGCCUGAAAGAGGAGGAGGAAGAGGUGAAGAAAGAUGGCAGAGAGAAAGAGUUCAUGGAGGCGUACAUUAGCUCACUGAAGGACAGAGACACCGUCCCUUACUCCACCACAAAGGUCUCCAUCUCCUGCCUGCUGUGAGGAAGAGAAAGAGUGUGAGUGACUGAAACAUAGUAUGGAGUAGCACUUUUCAAAGUAUUCUAAAAA